AUGGCAACUCAGCGUUCUCGCGUCUUCUUUGACAUUAAGAUCGGCGACACCGAUGCUGGUCGGGUCGCAUUCGAGCUGUUCGGCGAUGUCGUCCCUAAGACUGCCGACAACUUCCGUGCUCUGUGCUCAAUUUUCCACCGCGUGAUUAAGCAGUUCAUGAUCCAGGGUGGUGACUUCACUGCAUUCAACGGUACCGGCGGCGAGUCCAUCUACGGCGAAAAGUUCCCCGACGAGAACUUCGAUCUCAAGCAUGACCGCCCCUUCCUGCUCUCCAUGGCCAACUCCGGCCCUGGCACCAACGGCAGCCAGUUCUUCGUUACCACCGUCCCCACACCCCACCUCGAUGGCAAGCACGUUGUUUUCGGAGAGGUGAUCAACGGCAAGAGCAUCGUUCGCAAGAUCGAGAACAUGAAGACCACAAACGACAAGCCCGUGCAAGAUGUGACCGUGGUGAACUGCGGCGAGCUCACCGGCGACGACUUCCAAAAUGCGGCCAAGCGUGUCGCGGAUGCGACAGGUGACCCUUACGAGGACUUCAUUGAGGACCACCAGGGCGAGGAUCUUACUGCUCCUCUUUGCUUCAAGAUCGCCUCCGACCUCAAGGGCUACGGUAACGCUGCUUUCAAGAGCGGCGAUCUCAACCUCGGUCUUGACAAGUACCAGAAGGGUCUGCGCUACUUGAACGAGUUCCCCGAGCCCGCAGAUGAGGACCCCAAGGAGCUUGGCCCCCAGAUGAAGGCUCUUCGUUUCACUCUCCACUCCAACUCUUCUUUGCUCGGAAACAAGCUUCAAAAAUACCGCGACGCUCAGAAGUGGGCUACAUACGCGCUUCAGGUUGCUGAUGCUGCCCAGGCCAAGGAUGCGGAUAAGGCCAAGGCACACUACCGCCGUGCUCUUGCCCACGAGGGUCUGAAGGAGGAAGACUCUGCUCUUAAGGAUCUCUUGGAAGCCGAGAAGUUCGCUCCUGGCGAUGCUGGAAUCGUCAACGAGAUUGCCAAGGUCAAGAAGGCUGUCAAGGACCGCGAGGCCAAGGACAAGGCCGCUGCCAAGAAGUUCUUCUCUUGA